AUGGAACAACCGGCUGCUUCGUCAAUCAUUUUCUUUAUUCUUCUUCUUCUCGGAAUUAUAUUUCUACCCUUUUUACAUCCAAUUUAUCUUCGUUAUACUCCUGAAAAAUGGCAUAAAUAUUAUAUAUGGGAUUGUAAUUGGAAAAAGUUUAUAAUUGGACUCAGUCUCUCAUUGGGAUACUAUAUUUAUCUAUUAAAUUUAUCUUAUGCAACAGCAUUAAAAAUGUUUUCAUUUAGUUUUCAUAGUUUUAUUUCAUUGUUCGCUCUUCUGUUUUCUCUAUUUGUAACGUGUACAGGUUUACCGUUGUUAAAAUUUCAUUCAACAAAAAUUAUUUAUUCAACAAAAUUGCAAACUUUAAUUUGGAUCAUUUUUAAAAAUGUUCUAUUUCUUACUGUAUCAAUAAUUUUAUGUAAUCUAAUUGGAACACUUGCAGCAAGUGUUCUUCUUUUCCCGUCAUUCAUAUCACAAAAUUCAUCAAGAUUAAAUCAUCUAAAUACACAACGAUUUUUAAUUAUAUUUUUUAUUAUAUUAAUUGGAAAUUCAGCUGGAUUAAUAAGUCCACUUGGUGAUCCUCCAUUAUAUAUGGGUUACACCAAUGGUGUCGAGUUUCUAUUUACAUUUAAAUAUCUUUAUAAAAUAUUUUUCGUUUCAAAUGGAUAUAUUUUGCUUCUAUUUGCAUUGAUUGAUUUUAUUAAUGCGUGGAACUAUAAAAAAGCACAAAAGCAAAAUAAUAUUAAUAACCAAUUAUAUGAAUUAGUACCAUGCCAGAAAGAAAAAAAUGAUCGUUAUGAUCUUUCAUCUUCAUUGCCCGUUCAAUGGAAUGGAAUUCAUCAUAGUUUUUUUCUUCUAUUAAUUCUUAUCGUUAUUUUAUGCAAAGGUUUCGAUAUUCCAAUUAAAUGGCCUGAAUAUAUUCAAGAGCUAAUCUUGUUUCUAAUUGCAUUUUUAUGUAUUGGUUUUGAUAUGAUUUGGAAGAAACAAACACCUAUCGAAUGGUUUAAAAAACAUUAUUCAACACGUAUUGAACCUGUCGCAGAAGUUAUCGUUAUUUUUGUUGGAUUAUUAUUUACGAUGUCAGCACCGAUUGCUGUUUUGACCAGUUUGAAACUUCCUCUUGGACCUAAACAUUUAUUUGUAUUCUCUGGUAUAUUUGCUUCAGUUCUUGACAAUGCUCCAGUCUAUAUAAGUUUUGCAGCAAGUGCUGCUGCCCGCUAUAAUAUAACUGUUGAUCAAUCGGAUAAUAAUGGUUUUCUUGCUGUAUUCUUUUCUCGUUAUGAAGCCGACGCAAUUACAUCAAUUCGUGCCAUAUCAGCUGGUUCUGUGUUAAUGGGUGGGUGUACUUUAAUUGGUAAUGCGCCCAAUAUGAUUGUUGCAUUGAUGGCAACUCGUUAUAGUUAUCGAACACGAACGAAAAUUCAUCGAGCAGAAAAUGCUGAAGAUGAUUUUGUAAACUAUCAUCUUGAAAAUAUUAGUUUUAUUCGAUCACUUAUCACCUCUUGUCUCAUACUGAUUCCUCUUUUUGUUAUCAUAACUAUUUUUAUGGUAUAA